GUUUUUAUUUUGAAGGGACUUCAUUUUAACCGGAAAUUGGAUUACACUCUCUAACUUGUUAAAGAGAUAAGGGGGGAAAAGGCGGGCUGAGCUGUCUUCAACUACGUCCGCAAAUGGCCUUUAAGUAGCGACGCUCUCCACUCCGUUGUAUCAGUUUUUCUUCUACCGGACAAACUAAACUCUGACAAGAUGAGUGGGCGCGGAAAAGGAGGUAAGGGACUCGGUAAAGGAGGCGCCAAGCGUCACCGUAAAGUGCUCCGUGAUAACAUCCAGGGAAUCACUAAACCCGCCAUCCGCCGUCUGGCUCGCCGUGGCGGAGUGAAGCGUAUCUCCGGUCUGAUCUACGAGGAGACCCGCGGUGUGCUCAAGGUGUUCCUGGAGAACGUGAUCCGUGAUGCCGUCACCUACACCGAGCACGCCAAGAGGAAGACUGUGACCGCCAUGGAUGUGGUGUACGCUCUGAAGAGGCAGGGCCGCACCCUGUACGGCUUCGGAGGAUAAACCAAUGACGA